AAGGAAGGAAGGAAGAAAGACGAAGAAUGGGAGAGCCGAGGUGACGAGAUGAAAAUCUUGGCAAGAAAACAGAAAUGAUGUGUACCAAUGUGCGACGAUACGCACUGGGCCGAAAGUCAAAAGACGUUGCCGGCCGUGGUUGAUUUUUAGUAGCGUCGCGACGCCUCGUCGAGCCGUCCGAUCGACGUCGUUUCGACCUUCGUUUUCUUAUAGGGAAACACGAAGCGGCCUUGGAUUGGUGAGAAGGGAGGACGAGAAAUAGAAGAAGAGGAGGAGGAAGAAGAGGAGAAGGAGGAGGAGGAAGAAGAAAAAGAAGAAGAAGAAGAAGAAGAAGAAGAAGAAGAAGAAGAAGAAGAGGGGGGAGGACAUGCAAGGCGCGUUCGAAACCGCGCGACAGAUCGUCGAAUUCGAGGAGCUCGUUUCACGACUUGAUCGAAUAAACGACGUUGUCGUACGGCCAUCUUCUUUGUCUCCGACACCACCGCCACCAUCCUUGCCACCCCCUCCACCACCACCACCACCACCACCACCACCACCACAACCACCACCACCACCACCUUCGUUACCCUCUCCUUCUUCUCCGUUGUUUAGAAAUUCUUUUACAAAUUCUACCUUCGAUUUCUUUCAAAAGAAUCUUUCGGAAGAAGAGAAAAGUGUUCGUGUACAUAUCGGUAUCGACGAGGAUCUACGAAUGAUCUUAGAAAUGGACCCAUCGAUCUUCGACAGGACACCACCACCCGUCGUAUUAUCGAACAAUCACUCGGCAAACAUCGCUACCCUGCCAAGAGCAAUGCGUGUUACUCGACCGCAAGGCUGUCCACCGACAUUCAAAACCGCGACACCGACUUCGCGAACGCAAUUGAAACUGCAGCUGAUGCGAGAGCAGCUGCAGGAACAAGAGAGACGAGAAGCUGAGUUUCGACAAAGCUUGCAACAACAGAGACCAGCAGCUGCACAUCCCAGACCUGUACCUCCUACGCCUUUGUCGACCAUUGGCGUCGAUGUACCACCGCAAGUUUUACAAGUGCGUACGUUGUUAGAGAAUCCUACGAGAUAUCACGUCGUACAGAAACAGAAGAAUCAAGUGAGACAGUACCUUCAAGAGUCUUUUCGCGGAGUUGAUUGUGGUACUGGAGUAAAUGCCGUACUUGGUAGUGCUGGUAACGAUAGUAGUACUGGUGGAACACCGGUGGAUGUUGGAGGAAUACCGUCAACAGCAGCAACAUCGGCACCAGUUCCACCAGCACCGGUUCUACCAAUGGUGGUGCACAGUGCACCACCAGGACCGACGGUUCAUCAUCAGAAACCGCAGCAUCCUCAUCUAGCUUCGUAUCCACGUGCACCGGGACUUUUGUCUCAUGGUAAUCCGGUCUCUGCUAGUCCUGAUCCUACUACAGGUGCAAUGUCUCCUGGACUCUCUAGCGUAGCUACCAGUAAUUCGGAGGCAGAAGAUCUCUUGGACGAUAUCCUGUCGUUCGAGGCUGGAUCCUUGGGCGACGGAUUAAAGGACGGGCAUGCGGGUAGUCUUUCGAAUUUACCGGAUCUUCAAAUUAAACCGGAACCUCUUUUGCUCACCGAAGCGGAGAUUCAUGCCUUGGCGAAGGAUCGACAGAAAAAGGAUAAUCAUAAUAUGAUCGAGCGACGAAGGCGUUUUAACAUCAACGACAGGAUCAAGGAGCUUGGCACCCUUCUGCCUAAGACCAAUGACCCAUAUUACGAAAUCGUACGAGACGUUAGGCCAAACAAAGGAACGAUCCUAAAAUCUUCGGUAGAGUAUAUAAAAUUAUUGAAGAACGAACUGACCAGGAUGAAACAGAACGAGUUGAGGCACAAACAAUUAGAACAUCAAAAUCGUCGUUUACUUUUACGCGUUCAAGAAUUGGAACUUCAAGCGAAGGCUCAUGGACUUCCGGUUUCCGAUUUCAAUUGGGCAUCGACUUCUGGCAGCAUACUAAACACCUUUCCGAGGAGUAAGCUCGAGCAACGAAAGGUACACAUUCCAGAUCUCGUAGCGGAGGAAACGACAACGCCAUUGAGUAUGUCUCAAUUCGAGGAUCUCAUGGAGGACGACACGAGUGGUCCAGUUCAUGGUGGUGAUCCGAUGUUGUCGUCACCACAUUUACCACCAUUGAGUCCACCAGCAGCAGCUUGUCAUCAUGGUUUACCAGACGAAGACACGCUAGGUAGUUUGACGGCAACCACUUCGAAUUCUUCAUCGGACAUGGACAUCGUCGCGUAGCCAAGAAGAAAUGCCACCACGUUAUCCUUUCGAUCUCAAGCUCGUAUUCGUUUCAACGUCCUCUCGUUUUCAUCGAUGGACGAACAUCGGAACGUUCGUCCUCGUCCUUGUCCUCGUCCUCGAACUCGUCCUCAUCCUCGUCGCCUUCUUAUCGGAUUCCAAUGUCGUUUAUGUGACGAUCAGAGGAAAAACUUUCAAGAGAGAAACGAGACGAGAAAAAGAAGAAGAAAAAGAAAACAAAAAAGAAAGAAAGAAAAAAAAAGGGACUCAUCGAACCUUUUUCCUUCGUGCGAGACCAAAAAGAAAAAGACGCAAAAAGAGAAAAGAAAAAGAACGAAAAAGGAAAAAAAAGAAAGAAAGAAAGAAA